AUGUCGUUACAAUUUUUCGAUCAGGCCUGGUCAGCUGGCGAUGGUGUCGACGAUGAUCAACAAGAUGAAACACAACAAGGGCGUCAAAUUAUGACUUCUCGUGAUGGUACAAUUUUUCUCGUUGAUUGUGGAAAAGAAAUGUUUGAACCAAUAUCUUUGAAUAUGAAAAAAGAAAGUGAUGGUGAUGACGAUGAUGAUCAAACAAAUAUUACUGAUGAUAUAAAAACACCAUUUCAAUUGGUUAUGAAAGCUGCACAAACAUUUUAUCAAUCAAAAAUAAUUAGCAAUGAUAAAGAUUUAAUGGGCAUUAUUUUAUAUGGAACAGAAAAAAGUAAAAAUUCUUUUGAUUUUAAACAUAUCAAUAUCUUACAUGAACUGUCACAACCAUCAGCUGAAAGAAUAAUUGAAUUAGAAACAUUAUCAUCAGAAGAUAAAUAUUUGGAUUUAUAUAAAAAAGAAUUUGGUUCUGUUAAUUUAACUUAUUCAUAUUCAUUAAAUGAAGCAUUAUGGACAUGUUCAAAUUUAUUUUCAAAUUCACCACAACGUUUAACAGUUAAACGUAUUUUCAUAUUUACAUGUAAUGAUCAACCACAUGCAACGAAUUUAAUAUUAGAACGUCAAGCAAAACAACGUGCCAAAGAUUUAAACGAUGUUGGUAUACAAUUAGAAUUAUUUCCAUUAUUAACAAAAACUAUAAUAAAAUUUGAUUAUAGAAAAUUUUUUCAAGAUAUGUUGAUGUUGGCUGAUGAAGAUUUAGAAUUAUUAGAAAAAAAACCAUUUAAUAAAUUAGAUGAAUUAUUAAAACGUGUAUUAGCUAAAGAACAUAAAAAACGGGCAUAUUGUACGGUACCAUUUAAAUUUGGCAUGAUUGGUGAUAGUCAAAUGGAAAUGUCGGUUAGCGUUUAUAAUAUUGUUCGUCCAUGUCCAAAGCCAACAAAAAUCAAAUUGGAUAAGAAAACAAAUUUGGAAACAAAAAUUGUUACAAAACAUUAUUUACCCGAAACAGCUGAAAUAUUGAUGCCGUCCGAUAUUCAAUAUGGCCUGGAUAUAGCUGGUCGACGCAUACUAUUUGAACAAGACGAAAUAAAAGCAAUAAAAAAAUUUGAUGAUGAACCGGGCUUUCGUUUAUUGGGUUUUAAACAAAUGUCAUGUUUAAAACCAUUUCACUAUGUGAAACCAGGUCAUUUUAUUUAUCCAGAUGAAAAAUAUGUUGAAGGUAGUUCAUGUUUAUUUAAUGCAUUACUGAAAAAAUGUUUAGACAAACAAAUGUUUGUAUUAUGUCAAUUUACGGCAAGACGUAAUACACCACCGCGUAUGGUUGCCUUAAUACCACAAAAAGAAGAAUUUGAUGCUAAAGUACCAACAGAUAAAAUUGCUUCAAAUGGUUUUCAUGUUGCCUAUUUACCUUAUGCCGAUGAUAUUCGUUCAUUACCAAAAUUUGAUCCACCACGUGCCACUCAAGAUCAAAUACAAAAAUUUCGUCAAAUAAUUAAAGCUUUAAAAUUUAAAUAUCGUCCAGAUAAACUUGAAAAUCCUACAUUACAAACAUUAUGGCGUAGUAUUGAAGCAAUGGCAUUAAAUAAAGAUAAACCAGAUGAAUUUGUUGAUUUAACAAUACCAAAUAUUGAACGUAUGGAAGACAAGGCCGGACAAUUCGUAGAAGAUUUAAAAACAUUAAUAUUUCCAGUAGGUUAUGCCGGAUCGAAAAAACUAGCAGCAAAAAGAAAGGCGGAUGGUGAUGCAGCAAAUGAGAGUAAAAAGUCAAAAAUGGAAGAUGCAGCUGAGAUUGAAACGGCCGCUCGUAAUGGAUCUUUACAAAAAUUAACAGUUCCAAUAAUGAAAGAUUAUUGUAGAGACAAGAAAAUACGUACAACUGGAACACGAAAACAAGAUUUAAUCGAUGCCAUUAAUGCCCAUCUUAGCAUAGCAAGUUAA